UCAAUCGAAACUCGAAAGUUGAAACCUGUCAAAUCAAAAGCUGAAAGCUCUAAUCAAGAUAAAAUGAUCAAAGUUAUCUAAUUAACAUUGCAAAAACAAGUUUAACAAGUCGAGAACUUCAUAAGCACUCAUUUAGCUAUCUUUUCUCUUUAAUGUUAAACGAAAUGUGCGCUUUACACGAUUUUCUCACCGAUUUUUGAUACGUGUUUGUGAAGUUGGUAAAUUGGGUCCGAUCAAAAAUGGCUAGUGAAAUAAAUAAAGAAGAUUUAGAAAAGGGUAAAAAAUAUGCCGCUGAAGCUGCAAUCAAAGAUAGACAAUUUAAAGGCAAAAUGGUCAUUGGAAUUGGUAGUGGAUCAACCGUAGUCUACGCCGUCGAAUAUAUCGCUAAUACUUUGAAAGCUCUCAAAAGUAGUGGCGAAAACAACGAUCUCGAAGUAGUAUUUGUUCCUAGUUCUUAUCAAGCCAGACAGCUCAUCGAAGAGCACAAUUUAACUUUAGCUGAAGUAAAUUCGGUGUCCAAGAUCCAAUGGACAAUCGACGGUGCUGAUGAAGUAGCUAAAGAAGAUAAUUUAUUAAUCAAAGGCGGAGGCGGUUGUCUUACGCAAGAAAAGGUUCUGGCGUGGAUGUCUAAUGAACUGUACAUCAUUGCUGAUUACACGAAAGCGAGUGAUAAACUUGGCCAAUCGUGGAAAAAAGGUAUUCCUAUUGAAGUAUUGUCUUUCUGUUAUUCCGCCGUGAAACGAGAAAUCGAAGAGAAAUUCGGAGGUGAAACCGUUCUACGGAUUGGAGUGAAAAAAGCUGGUCCUGUGAUCACCGAUAACGGUAAUUUCAUACUCGAUUGGAAAUUCCCUGAGGAUAUCAAUGAUUGGAAAAAUGUAGAGGUUACGAUCAAAAUGAUGCCUGGAGUCGUCGAAGUUGGUUUAUUUUUCAAAAUGGCUAACGCAGUAUAUCUAGGAAAACCCGACGGUGGUGUUGAAAAAUUGGAGUAUUCCGCUCGUUGAAUUAUCAUGUUUUUUUUUUACCUUUUUUAAAUCAAACAUUUUAUUUAUUUUUUUCUAAUAAAUAUUUUUAUUUAAAUCGUU